UGAUUGGCUUGCCUUGUUCACUCCCACUGGUCUUUAAAUCAUUGUCUAGAUCCCCAAAGGUUCACAUAAGUCAACGCUGUUACAGGGGACUGCCAUUCCCAAUAAUUCAAGGAAGACUGCACAGGACUGGAUAAAUAAUUAAGAACAGAGUGUUCUGAACAUCAACACAAAGCGAAAGGGCCUCCAACUGAAGGUACAGUAUAUUAUUUACACUGAAGGGGCUUGUGUGUGGACAAGAAAGCGCUGACAGCUCAAAUGGAUCCUGUGGAACUGAGAAAUGUCAACACUGAGCCAGAUGAAGAGAGCAGCAGUGGAGAAAGCGCUCUGGAUAGCUACACCGGGAUGGGGAGCUCAGAAAAGGCCGCAAUGAGCAGUCAAUUUGCUAAUGAAGAUGCUGAAAGUCAGAAAUUCCUGACAAAUGGAUUUUAUGGAGAGAAGAAGCUGGCAGAUUAUGGCGAUGAACAUCACCCCGGAACCACCUCCUUUGGGAUGUCUUCAUUCAACCUGAGUAACGCCAUCAUGGGCAGCGGCAUCUUGGGCCUGUCCUACGCCAUGGCCAACACAGGGAUCAUACUUUUUAUAAUCAUGCUGCUUGCUGUGGCCAUACUGUCCCUCUAUUCAGUUCACCUUUUAUUAAAGACAUCCAAGGAAGGAGGGUCUUUAAUUUAUGAAAAAUUAGGGGAAAAAGCAUUUGGAUGGCCUGGAAAGAUCGGAGCUUUUGUUUCCAUCACAAUGCAGAACAUUGGAGCAAUGUCAAGCUACCUCUUUAUCAUUAAAUAUGAACUACCUGAAGUAAUCAGAGCAUUCAUGGGACUUGAAGAAAACACUGGAGAAUGGUACCUUGACGGCAACUACCUCAUCAUAUUUGUGUCUGUUGGAAUUAUUCUUCCACUUUCUCUUCUUAAAAAUUUAGGUUACCUUGGUUAUACCAGUGGAUUUUCUCUUACCUGCAUGGUGUUUUUUGUCAGUGUGGUGAUUUCUAAGAAAUUCCAGAUACCCUGCCCUCUGCCUGUUCUGGAUCACAAUGUUGGAAAUCUGACAUUCAACAACACACUUCCAAUGCAUGUGAUAAAGCUGCCCAACAACUCUGAGAGUACAGAUGUGAACUUCAUGAUGGAUUACACGCACCGCAAUCCUGCCGGGCUGGAUGAGAAUCAGGCCAAGGGCUCUCUUCAUGACAGUGGAGUGGAGUAUGAAGCCCAUAGUGAUGACAAGUGUCAACCCAAAUACUUUGUAUUCAACUCUCGGACGGCCUAUGCAAUUCCUAUCCUAGCAUUUGCUUUUGUAUGCCACCCUGAGGUUCUUCCCAUCUACAGUGAACUUAAAGAUCGGUCCCGGAGGAAAAUGCAAACAGUGUCAAAUAUUUCCAUCACGGGGAUGCUCAUCAUGUACCUGCUUGCUGCCCUCUUUGGCUACCUAACCUUCUAUGGAGAAGUUGAAGAUGAAUUACUUCAUGCUUACAGCAAAGUAUACACAUUUGAUACUCCUCUUCUCAUGGUACGCCUGGCCGUCCUUGUGGCAGUAACGCUAACUGUGCCCAUUGUCCUGUUCCCAAUCCGCACGUCAGUUACGACGCUAUUAUUUCCCCAAAGACCCUUCAGCUGGAUAAGACAUUUCCUGAUUGCAGCCGUUCUUAUUGCCCUUAAUAAUGUUCUGGUUAUCCUUGUGCCAACUAUAAAAUACAUCUUUGGAUUCAUAGGGGCUUCCUCGGCCACCAUGCUGAUUUUUAUUCUUCCAGCAGCUUUUUAUCUUAAGCUUGUCAAGAAAGAACCUCUUAGGUCACCCCAAAAGGUCGGGGCUUUAGUUUUCCUUGUGGUUGGAAUCAUCUUCAUGAUUGGAAGCAUGGCACUUAUUAUAAUUGACUGGAUUUACAAUCCUCCAAAUUCCAAACAUCACUAACCCAAGGAAAAAUAUAUGUAUUUUUUUCUACUGGAAAUGGUUGCAAGUUAUGCACCAAAAGACACUUGAGUUAUCUUAAUUGGAAUGUUAUUCAUAGGAAAUAACAGGAAGAUUCCAAAGACAUUUGCUAGUAAUAUCACCAGACACCUGCGGAAGAGAAAAUCAUCGUUUUUGGCAAGAAUGGCUGUCUAUGUGUUUAAAAUCUGUGGUGCACUUUCUACCCAGGUUUUACUAGAGCAGUGUGAGAUGACCAUGGUGUAUUUUUACUGCUGUAUGAGCAGUUGAUAGCUGUGUGCAAUGGUUAUUGGAUAGUACUCCCCCUCCCAAAAGUACCAAACAUUUGUAUUCUUUUUUUUUUUUUUUU